AUGCCACUAGACUUGGUAGGCAAGCUGCACCGCACCGUGUACAUCACGGAUUGCCCAGAGGACUCACAAGAGGACCUGCUGCACAUGCUGCUGAAGCGGUGCGGCGCGAUUGAGGCGUGGGACGCUGUCGAUGGCCGGGUCAUUGUGGUUUUUCAGAGCAUGAACAGUGUCAGCAACGCCCUCACCUUCCACGGUAUGUCCUUUGUGGACUUGACAAGAAAGAUCUGUGUGUGGAAAGCCACAGACGCGCCACCGGUGGAGGCAACACAUCAGCUGUCCAUCCAAGGAGGCUCUGCCACCGCGGAUGCGGCUCCGAUGGAGGCCGCAUCAGCCGAGGAGGAGGACACCCGUCGAGCACAGCGGAAGGAGCGGCGCGCUGCACUGCAGCAGAUCCUGAAUAGCGGGGCGGCAGACCUUGUCGACACUUCCUCGCUGGAGGGUCGGCGAGCAAAGAUGACGGAGCUGUGCUACCGACAGCUCAAGGCCCUUUGCGUGCUCUCUGCUGCCGCAGCGAAGGAUGCGAGGGCGGAGCUGGAGGAGAAGAAGGAGAACCUUGCACGAUUGCAAAGCCUGAUCCGCACUCAAGAGGCAGCGGCCAAACGACAACGGGAGGGGUCGGCUGAGGUGGGCGAGGGAGAGCCGGCGAGGGCGAGGCGCCGUGUGUAG